AUGCUCGCCACAAGGAAGGUGUUCCUCAAAGCUCUGCAGGUCACAAGACAGGCUUCGGAGAAAGGAAAAAUAAAACGGCCGGAACGUAACCCCCUGGAUACGACGCUACUUCUAGAGCUGUGUGCCGAGGGCGAGGCUAAGCUAGAAGGGGCAAAAUCGUGUCUUUUGAAGUCGGCGUCCCUCACGCGCGCUCUCCCCGCUCGCCUCAACUCCAACCGGACUUCGGUGGUGCGCUGCGGUCGACAGAAAUACGAACGCUUGUUCCCGGUGAUGCUGGUGCGACCCGACGGCUCCACCGUCAACAUCCGAUACGCGGAACCCAGACGCAUCCUCAUGAUGCCGGUCGAUCUGUCGACGUUGUCGGAGGAGCAGCGUCGGAGUCGUCAAAAGAAGCGCGAAGUCAAGAGGAGCGCCAAAGAGAGCGCCGUCCACUACGAGGACGAUUUCAAGGUGGACAAGUACAGCCAAUUCUGGAACAACAAGAAGAAGGAAAGAAAAGACGGCGGUGCUCAAGAUUAGACCCUGUUUGAAAAGUGUGCAGACUUGAUAGCGAUUGUCUUCUGCGGACCGUUGUUUCCAAACAUCUUGUGUAUUUUGUGUGCGCGUGUCCAUUGAAGGGCAUCUCAACACAGCGCUCGCAUUUGUGUUUCCUCACUUGACGUCAUGGUUUUUCAAUUCAUUGAAACAAAACCUUGGUAACUGCUAGCAAAACACCUGCAAUAUUGUUCUCUGAACACAAAUGGAAAGACAAAUAGCUUGAAUGCUAAAUAUAAUAAUCAUCAUAAUAACAAUACAUUUUAUUUGUGGGCGCCUUUCUAGGAACUCGAGGACACCUUACAACAAGCAGUUAAAAAUCACAAAUUCAAUGUUAAAAACAACAUCAAAUAAAAUGAGAAAAAAUACAACAAAAUAAAAAUAAUCUCAACAGUUUAAAGACAAUGAAGUCAAUUCAGUUUUGUUUCUAAUCUUUUUUCGGGCGUGGGUGAGUAAAGUUGAUGUUUUAGUCGCCUAUUUAGUUCAAUCUACAUGAAAAAACAAUAAUAAAGUAAAGAAUAACACGA